GGAAGGCGCUGCUCACACUCCUCUCUCCACCCUGGCACCCCUGCACCCCUCUAUCCUACCUUCCCUUAAACUGACUUCUGUGCUUUAUGUCUGUCUCCCUAGGAAAGUAGAGAAAGCAGCCGUCUCCUUGGGGGCUCCCAUGACUACCAGGAGCAUGGGUACAAUGGGGACGAUGGGCGCAAUGAAGCUGUCAGUGGACUCAAAACCUUGAACUCUGACCCGUCUUCUUCGCCUUUCAACUUUGACAGUUUCUGGGAGAAUUUUAAAUCCAAGAUGCCUUUUAUUAACUGGGAUGCCAUAAACAAGGGCCACCUCCCACCUCCCAGCACUCGAGCCUUACUCUACUUCCGCAGACUCUGGGAGAAUUUCAAACGCAAGACUCCUUUCUUCAACUGGAAGCAGAUUGAGGGUCCAGAUCUGCCGUCGUUGCAGAAGAGGGCAGGUGGCGCCGAGCAGCCUGAAGCAGCAAGACAAGAGUUUUCAGCUGUCACAUCCAAGAACUACUACAAUAACCCACAGGGGAAUCCUACUUAUAACUGGCAAUACUAUACCAAGGCCACCACUGCCAAGGGAGCAGUCACACCUUCAUCGUCCUCGGCUUCCCGGGCACAACCUGGCCUGCUGAAGUGGCUGAAGUUUUGGUAGAAAAUUCCUUCUAGUCACUGCUGACGCUUCAAGAACACAGGUCUUCAGGGAGCUUGGCUGUACUUAUCCACAGUUCUCUCUACUGUGCCAGACCCACCUGGGUGUUGACACCCCAUCAUCCCACCUGGGGACCUGGUUUGACUGUCCUCAUCCUCCCCGUUCAGCUGUGGUGUCUCGUUGAUAACCAGCCAGUUUCUUCCCUUUGUCCUGUGUGCAACUGGAAGUUCCCCCAACAACGCAAUAGGAACUCCCUUCCUUCAAAUCUUCCUGUGGAAAUAAAACAUGACUUCUUCGUUUUCCUUA